GCGCGGGGUGGAAGACGCCAUCCCAUCUUGUUAGCAGGAAAUAUCAGGUGCUCCGCAUGCUCCGUGACAGUAUCGGCAUAGUCUUUUCUUUAGUGCCUCUUUUUUUCUCUCCAGCGAAUCCAACUUGCUUAGGCCCUGCUCAUUACAUUAUUACAUAUAUUAUGAGUUGCUGAGUUGCAUCAAGAAAAAAGAGAAAGCUCAAAUAGUCGGCUAUUGACCCGGAAUUCACGUCAAUUGCCGACGUCGGGAAUUUAUCCACCAACAGCCUGCAGUUGGGGUAAUCGGCAUGGUUUCCGACCUGCGUGCUAUAAGCUAUAAUUUAUUACUCUGAUGCUUUUUCUGGUCGUCGCAACUUUUCUCGCCUCUGUUUCUGGUUGAUUGCGUCUUGUUUAUAUCAAUUCGGCUGCAUAUACCAGCAUGAGCAAAGUAUUCGAUGCGGCAGAAGUCGCUAAACACAAUACGGCCGACAGUUGCUGGGUGAUUCUGUACGGCAAAGUCUACGAUGUCACCGACUUCAUGGACAGCCACCCCGGCGGCGUCAAGGUCAUUCUGAAACUGGCUGGCACAGAUGCCACCGAAGAGUACGAUCCAAUUCACCCGCCAGGCAUUCUAGAAGAAAACCUCAAGCCCGAAGCUCUCCUGGGUACCAUAGAUCCAGACACCUUGCCCAAGCCCAGCACCGACAACCAACCCGAAGAAGAAGAAGCAGAAGGGCCACCGCCUAUGGAAUCACUAUAUAACAUGGAUGAAAUCGAACAGGUUGCCACCAAACAAGUCAGUCGGAAAGCAUGGGCCUACUACUAUUCUGCUUCAGAUGACCUUACGACGAAACGCUUCAAUAACGAAGUAUACCGCUCCAUCCUCCUUCGACCCCGAGUUUUCAUUGAUGUCACCAAAUGCGAUUUAUCAACUUCAGUUAUCGGGCAUAAAGUCAGUUUGCCGAUCUUUGUGGCCCCGGCUGCCAUGGCCCGUCUUGCUCAUCCAGCAGGCGAGGCAGGCAUUGCCGCGGCUUGUCGUAGUUUUGGUGCUAUGCAAGUCAUUUCAAACAACGCAUCCAUGUCCCCCGAGCAGAUUGUGGAGAAUGCAGCUCCUGAUCAGGUCUUUGGGUGGCAGCUCUAUGUUCAGGUGGACAGAAAGAAGAGUGAGGCAAUGCUGGCUCGUAUCAAUAAAUUGAAAGCAAUCAAAUUUCUUGUUCUUACUCUCGACGCGCCCGUUCCUGGGAAACGGGAAGACGACUUACGCGGUGAUAGCACAGCGAGCAAGUUGCCGGUCAGUUCGAGCUUAGUCGCUAAGAAGGAGGCAAAGAAGGGAGAAAGUCUUCCAAAUGGAGCGCCAGUACCAAAGGCGGGCGGUGGCGGUAUAGGUGCGCAACUAUUUUGGGGAACAGAAGCCUCACUCACGUGGAAGGAAACUCUUCUUUGGCUUUCUAAACACACCGCUCUACCAAUUAUCCUAAAAGGAUUACAGACCCACGAGGAUGCCUAUAUUGCUUCCCUGUAUGCGCCUCAGGUCAAGGGUAUCAUCUUGUCGAAUCACGGUGGGCGAGCACUCGACACCGCGCCGCCGGCUAUUCAUACCUUACUUGAGAUCCGCAAAUAUUGUCCCGAAGUGCUUGAAAAGUUAGAAGUCUGGGUUGACGGCGGCAUCCGACGAGGCACAGACAUCGUCAAGGCGUUAUGUCUGGGAGCGAGAGCAGUCGGUAUUGGCCGAGCUGCAUUAUGGGGAUUAGGCGCUGGAGGUGUGGAAGGUGUCCACCGAACUCUUGAAAUUCUCGCCGACGAGACGAAAACCUGCAUGCAAUUAUUAGGUGUUGGAAAAGUAGAGGAUCUUGGCCUUCAGCAUAUCAACACCCGAAUUGUCGAACAGCAAAUAUACGAUGGACCUUCAGGAUUGGGCGGCCUAACAUCUCAAGUGCGGGCUAAGCUCUAGAUGACGACUUGAAAAGGUCACUUCUGCAUGUUUCUCUAUUUCUCUUGCUCUCCAUGUGCACUUCUAGCGUUAGCUGCGGGCAGGUUUAAUGUUGAAGUAUAUUAUAUGUCUGUAAAUAUAUUUUUUUCAAGGUUUAUAUCCAACAGCCGGGGCCUCUUGUCAUAUAUCGGAUUCAGUGUAUAAAAUUCCUAUCAUGUAGGCAAUACUAAACUAAACAGAAGACAGGCC